AUGAAAGAUCAAGUUGAGGAGUCAAUGCAAGAGAAGAACUUAGCAUGUGAAAAAGAUGAAACUACGAAUCCAACUGUGGGAUCUAAGGUAGAAUCUAAAAGUUCUACUCCUACUUAUUUUCCCUCCCCUCCAUUUCUAGACGGGUUUGCAAAGUCCAAAAAGGAUGAACAUGAGAAAGAAAUUUUGGAGACUUUUAGCAAGGUUCAAGUAAACAUACCACUUUUGGAUGCAAUUUAUCAAGUGCCUCGUUAUGAAAAGUUCCUCAAGGAUUUGUACACAAAUAAGUAUAGAUUGAAAGGGAAUGAAGUGGUAAGUGUAGGAAAAAAUGUCUCAGUGGCCUUGCAAAAGAAAUUUUCACCAAAAUGUAAAGACCCUGGAAGUUUUACCAUUCCUUGCAUUAUCGGUAAAACUAGAUCUAAUGCAUCUCCAAAGGGUGUGUUGGAGGAUGUUUUGGUGCAGAUAAAUCAAUUGAUUUUUCUUGCAGAUUUCUACAUUCUUGACAUGCAAGAUGAACCAACAUCUUUAUUGCCACUGUUGCUCUUGGGAAGGCCAUUUGUGAGGACUUUGCGUACAAAGAUAGAUGUAAAUGAUGAUACGUUGACAAUGGAGUUUGAUGGUGAGAUUAUUCGCUUCAACAUCUUUGAAGUAAUGAGGUAUCCUUGUGAUGUUCACGCUUGUUUUUCAAUUGAUAUAAUGGAUUCAUUAAUACAAAAUGUUUUUGAAUUAUCUAAUGAAGAUGUAUUGGAUACCACUUUGAUUAAAAGCAUUGAUGCUAACAAUCUCACCGGGUUGAGCAAGAAUUUACAAGUGUGUGAGGAUAUUGUUGAAAUUGUGGCAUCACUUGAAUCACUACCAAGUAUUCCACCAAGGUAUAAUCUCUCCUAUAUUACUCUUCCAAUAUCUAAACUCUAA